AAGAAAUCCUGUCUAACAUUGCCAUUUUGGAGGAUUCUGUUUCAAAACUUGAGCAAGAGAUGGUUUCAUUGCAUUUUCAACUUAGUCAAGAAAGAAAUGAACGGAGACUUGCAGAGUACCAUUUGAAACAUUCCUCUUCUCAGUCUCAAUUUUUUUGCUCCCCCGAAAAGAUGAAAGAACCAGAUGCAGUGGACUAUGGCAUGCCCGUCCAAGAGCAGAAAGUAUCCAGACAAAUGUUUCAACAUGUGGUGGGGAAGCUUACCAAGGAGGUGCCUAGUAAGGGCCUCUGGAAUUGCCCUAAUCAGCUGUCAGAGGAUAUGGUUCGUUGUAUGAGAAACAUAUUUCAUAUUGCUGGUGGGUUCUUCUGUUGUAUCAUCCAAUUCAUCUGCAUUUGA